UAACCUUCCUUCAGCGUUAUUCUCGAGAUCAGGCUCAAUCAUGAAAGCGGGACAAUUUUACGCAAAGGAAGACAUCCGCGUCACGGAGGUCCCCAAACCGGAGCCCAAAGACAAUGAAGUCCUAAUCGAUAUCGAAUGGUGUGGAAUAUGUGGUAGCGACCUCCAUGAAUAUAUUAUAGGUCCUAUGGCAAUUCCCAGCGUGAAGCCCCACCCACUCACCAAAGAGGUCCUUCCCAUAACCAUGGGCCACGAGUUCUGCGGCCGCAUCGUCUCUGCUCCCUCAGACUCCACUUUGAAGCCUGGCCAAGCCGUUAUGGUCGACCCGCGCCUCUACUGCAGCUCAUGCAGUCGGUGCGCCUCCCAGGCCACUAACACUUGCUACAGCUGGGGCUUCCACGGGCUCUCAGGCAACGGCGGGGGAUUUUCCGAGUCCAUUGUCGUAGAUGCGAGCAUGUGCUACGCCAUCCCAGAUUCGUCCCUAGAUCUAGCAGCCUUGAUCGAGCCGCUGGCAGUAGCGUGGCAUGCGGUGCGCGCUUCUGGUAGAGAAGACUUCAGCAGCGAGUCUGCGCUGAUUUUAGGCGGCGGACCGGUGGGAAUCGCGGUACUGUUGGUCCUCCGCGCGAAGGGAACUAAGCAAGUCUUCGUGUCUGAGCCAACGGCCAAGCGCGCGGAGCAAAACGCAGAGCUCGCGGAUGCGGUGUUCAAUCCGAUAAAAGAGAAGGUUGCAGAGAGAUGUAUUGAGAAAACUGGUGGAGAAGGCGUCGGGUAUGUAUUCGAUUGCGCAGGCAUUCAGGCGGGGAUGAAUGAUGGGAUGGGAGCUUUAAGACACCAGGGGGUUUAUGUGAAUGUUGCGGGAUGGGAGAAGCCUAUAGUAGUUCCGCAACUAGACUUGAUGUUGAAGGAAAUUUCAGUAACGGGAUCUCUAGCAUAUGAUGAUCGCGAUUUCAAGGAGACGGUUGAGGCUUUUGUGGAUGGAAAUUUCAAGGGUGUUGAAAAGAUGGUUACCAGCCGUAUUCAUCUCGAUGAUGUUUUAGAAAAAGGUUUUGUUGAGCUGGUUAAGAACAAAGACGACCACAUCAAAAUUCUUGUGACUCCGAAUCGCAAAAAUCUUGGUCAGAAAAAGUAGCAAUAUUGGUCGAUGCUUUGUGUUCCAUUAAAAAGAUGAUGGCUCACGCAUGCGUAGUGUAGUUAUUUCCGAACUCUUUCCAUAGUCUAGUGACCCUCUAGAGCCCUCUGUAACUUCCCUUAUAACUUGGCACAUACGUUUAUAUCGCUGCGAAGGUCCCUUUCCCCAUUUUUGUGUCUUGGCGGAUACACGAAGGAUGCCAAGGGUAUGUGUAAGCACAGAUACCCGCAGACUUAUUGUGCCGCAUGCCGAAAUACCUGCUGUUGAUGCAUGGAUCGUACAUACCAAGAACCCUGUAACCUGUAGAAGUCUUCGACGGCUCGUGCACGCUGACACCUCGUGCACGGUCUCCUCUUCCCACACCGCCAUCUUCA